GGAGUUGUAUUGGUGCCAAAGUGUUCUGGUAUUGCGCCCAAACUUGAUGACAUCUUGAAGGAGGGGCUUCUGGCCUUUCUCUACUGCUGUGAUGAUUGGGGCUAAGUUUUUGUCUGCUCUCUGCAGUGAUGCCAUCUCUAGUGGUGUUUCCCCUUCAGGUGCACAGCCCGGGGAAUGUUUUGUCUGUGUUCGAGUGGAAGUCUCGUUUGACUUGGUACCACUCUUCGAUUUGUCUGGCCAGUGGAGAGGAGAACUUCCCUUCCAAGCUGAUUGGGUGAACUACUGGUGCUGUGUUGGGGGCCUGAAGUACUGAUGUGAAGAUUUCCUGGAUCGUUAACCCUUCCACAAGAGUGGAGCUGAUGAGGACUGCUCCUAGGCCAGUGAGGCUGACAUCACAAGUCAACGUGAAUGGUCCUUUAUCCACAUCUGGAGAACCAAGGACUGGCGCAGUGGUGAGAGCUGUUUUGACAGAGUCAAAAGCUUCCUGACAGUAAGGUGUCCAAUCAAAGUGGACUCCUUUUCUGAGUAGUCGGUACAAAGGUGAAACUUUGCUGGCCAUAUGAGACAGGAUGUGUCCCAGGAAGGAAAUCUCCCUUUGGAACAACUCACACUUUUUGGCUUUGAGGAGGAAUCCUCCAGCCCUGACUCUAUUAAGGAAGGCUUCCAGCCGUUGCAACAUUUGUUCAAAGUUGUCUCCAGCUAUGCAGACAUCAUCCAGGGGUACUGGACGUGCGUUUUGUUUGAUGGGUGGAUGGUCGCCGGUGUCUAUCCUGAAUUUCAUCCAUGGACAUCGACCAAAUGUGAAGUUGUCUGGUGCAAAUACAUCGUGGUGUCUGCGAAUGAGUUUUUCUACUUCUACCUUCUGUUCUGGUGGCAAGGCAGUGGCUUUGAUCAUGGCAUCUAAGUCUGCAGACCGUCAAGCUGGCGAUGACCGGUCUGGCUGUCAAGCUGGCGAUGAUCAGCCCCCUCCGCUCUUGCCUGAGACGUUACUGUAUGGCAUGUCAUUUCCGGAGGUGAAGCAGAAGUGGACAGUUUCCUUUCCGACUCCGGAGGACGACUAUACCCAUUAAUCGUCAUGGCAAGCAACGCGUCAGACAACUCUGACUCAUCAACCA